AUGCUGGGCUGGGACGAAUAUGUGAGAAAUUUGCUUGCAGAUGGACUAUGCCAAGAUGCAGCAGUCUUUGCUUGCUCGUGUCCCAGGUUGCUGGCUGCCAAACAGCAAGGGCUGUUCGAGCAAAUGAGCCCUCAAGAAAUCAAAGCCAUUAUGAGCAGUGACCGGAAGACCUUCCUUGUCAAAGGGCUGACCAUUGGUGGUAACAAGUGCUUUGUCAUCAGGGAUAACUUUCACAUGGAUGGAGAUUACACCAUGGACAUCAGGUUGAAAAGAUGGGACAGCAACCAUCCUUGCCACAGCAUAGCCAUUGCUCGGUCCAACAAAGUCUUCAUCAUGAUCAUGGGUAAGAGAGGGGUCCAUGGAGGGACACUCAACAAAAAGGCAUUUCAGAUGGCAAACUAUAUUAGAAGGUCUGGCUGUUAG